UGCUGUUGCGGCAGGAAAACGAAGCCGGCCGGCUAUCCCCGGUGUACCGCGUUGAUGUGUGAGUGACCCUCCCUCCCCUCAGGAUCUGCAGGCGUCGUCCGCUUGUUUGCUGUGAUGGCUCUUCAUGCUCUCAAUGAAGCCCCGUCUCCGUAGGGUAGGGAAGGGAGCGGAUACCUUUCCCUUGUUAGGCUGGGCGAAGGAGAAGCGCCUCUUCUAAGCACAGGCGCCCAAGCACUCUGGAGAAGUCUCUCGGCGCAUGUGUGUGCGGCGUCUGCUCCAUCGGACUCGCCGCUCCCGCCGCCGCCGCCGCCUCAGCGCCCUUCUCUUUUUUGGCAUCAAAGUUUUUUCAUCCUCUUCUUCCAGCUGAUGCACUUCUCUUCCCGCCACCCAACCCUCCUCCUCCGUCCCCAGACCCAUAUUUCUGUACAGCCAUCCAGUACAGGUUGGAAGCCCAGGCAGCGGUAGGGAAAGCAGCACCGCCUUCUUCUCGGCGCCCCCUUUCUGUGGAGAGACUCCAGAGAAGCAAAAGGAGCUUCCCUCAGCCCAGGUGGCGCCAAACGGGGCGGGCGGACCGGCGGGGAAGCGUGAGGACGGAGGGCGUCGCAGACGUCGUCGAGGCUCUCCUGUGGGUGCCUGUGAGUGAGGGAGAAGCCGCCUGUGGAGCAGAGGCAGCCAGUCGGCCACUGGGGCUUGGAGGGAAUUGACAGCUCUUCCGUUUGGGAGGCUGUGUCUUUCAGUGGUUUCCACCAAAUGUGUUCGCUGUCAAGUGAUAUAAGCGAUGCUAUGAAGAGAGGGAUCUGAGAAGUGAGCAAUGUCUUUUAGUACACCAUGUGAAAGGGAUAAGACAAAGAGCUAGCAAACCAGGAUACAACAUCAUUUCUCCUUGGGAUUUGUUUUCCCCAAAGAAGGCAAAAAAAGCUAUUGCCAAGUAACCAGUGAGCUACAAGUAACGAGUUUUUAACUGCAGCUUUCUGAUAAUGGAAGACAAAUUUCAGGAUGCCAUCUCACCAUGAAAUUCCAUUUAGCAUAAUGAUUCCAGAUUUCUGGAACUGUGCCUUUAGAAGAGUGAGAAACAUUUGGGCCAUCUCAACUAAAAUGGACCAAAGGCUUCUUCACAGACUCACCAAAUCACGUAAUUAUCUUGACAACUGCAGCAAGUGAACUGAAGGCCAUCAAAUUAAAAUGCUGCACAGAACUUUGAUCAAGAAAUGCAAAUAAGAAUGUCUCCAGUUGCAAUGAAACUACAGACUCUUAAGGGGAGUGAAGUGACCCUAAAGAGUUCAGAUCUGCCUUGAUUGAAGCGUGACAUAAAAUGUUACAGCAGCUUUUCUUCUCAAAAUGGUUAGCAAUAGGAAUUGCAGUUUGUGUUGCCUUCAUGGAUUGUCUGGCCCAGAAUGAUGAUGACUGGCAAUAUGAGGACUGCAAGUUGGCCAGGGCAGGGCCUCCAGCAACAAUAGUUCCAAUUGAUGAGGAAAGUCGAAAUGGUACUAUCUUGGUAGACAGCAUGUUGAUCAAAGGUACAGCUAGAGGACCAGAUCCAACUAUUGAAUUAACAUUAAAGGACAACGUAGACUACUGGGUUAUCUUAGACCCUAUCAACCAGAGACUUUUUCUAAACAGUACUGGACGCAUUCUGGACAGAGAUCCACCAAUGUCCAUUCAGUCUAUUGUCGUCCAAGUCCAGUGCAUUAACCGAAAAGUAGGAACUAUUAUCAACCAUGAAGUGCGGAUUGUGGUGAGGGACAGAAAUGAUAACUCUCCUCAGUUUCAGCAGCAGCAGUACUACGUAGCUGUAAACGAGUUAACACCAGUUGGAACCACCAUCUUUACAGGAUUCUCUGGAAACAAUGGUGCCACAGACAUAGAUGACGGUCCCAAUGGCCAGAUAGAGUACGUCAUCCAGUAUAAUCCCAACGAUCCAGCAUCAAAUAUGACUUUUGACAUUCCUCUUACAUUGUCUGGAGCAGUAGUUUUGCGUGAGAGGCUAAACUAUGAAGAAAAGACACGUUAUUUUGUCAUUGUCCAAGCAAAUGAUCGAGCUCAAAAUCUUAUUGAACGAAGAACAAGUACAACCACCUUGACUGUUGAUGUUCUCGAUGGGGAUGACCUUGGGCCAAUGUUCCUUCCAUGUAUAUUAGUUUUUAACACUCGGGACUGUCGGCCACUCACUUACCAGGCUAGUUUGCCAGAGCUCACUAACCCUGCACGUGUAAACCCAAUCAAUAUCACACCACCAAUACAAGCUAUAGAUCAAGACCGAAACAUCCAGCCUUCAUCUGAUCGGCCCGGGAUCCUCUAUUCCAUCCUAGUUGGGACUCCUGAGGAUUAUGCACAAUAUUUCAGUAUGAAUGUUACGACUGCAGUACUCAACCUCCUAAAACCAAUAAGAGAUUUGCACCAGAAAUUUGAUUUGGUUAUUAAGGCUGAGCAAGACAAUGGUCACCCUCUUCCAGCUUUUGCCAAUCUACAUAUUGAAGUUCUGGAUGAAAACAAUCAGAAACCUUAUUUUACAGAAUCAACGUAUGAGGGCUUUAUUCUAGAAUCCUCCCCUGUGGGAACAACUAUCUCAGAUAACCAGAACUUGACGUCUCCAUUGCAAAUCUUAGCUUUGGAUAAUGAUAUAGAAGAGGUCCAACCAGGUGCCAUUCCUACAAAAGAUCCCCUGCUCCAUCUUUUCCUAAAUGACUACAAUACGUUUUUCACUGUGACUCAGACUGGCAUAACACGCUACCUCACCUUACUUCAGCCUGUUGACAGGGAGCUCCAGCAGCUGUACACGUUUUCGAUGACAGCUUCUGAUGGUGUGCAAGAAAGCCUGCCAGUCACGGUCAAUAUUGUUGUGCUCGAUGCAAAUGACAACUCUCCAACCUUCUCCAACAUAUCAUAUAAUGUCAAGAUUUACACAGACAUGAGGCCUGGAGAAAGUGUGAUCAAGCUGACUGCUAUGGAUGCAGAUGAAGGGCCAAAUGGGCAGAUCAUAUACGAAAUCCUGGCUGGGGAUCAGGGAGACUUCAUAAUCAAUGAUCGAACAGGCCUUAUCACCAUUGCACCAGGAAUUGUAUUGGUGGUAGGGCGUUCCUAUGCCCUAACUGUCAAAGCAUCUGACAGUGCUCCACUUGCACAGAGAAGGAGCUCCAUCACUACUGUUUACAUUGAGGUCCUUCCUCCAAACAAUCAGAGUCCACCUCGCUUCCCUCAGCAGAUGUACAGUCUGGAACUCAGUGAAGCCAUGAGAAUUGGUGCCAUUUUGCUAAAUUUGCAGGCAGCUGAUCGAGAGGGUGACCCUAUAACAUACGUCAUACAAAAUGGAGAUCCCCAGCAAGUAUUUAACCUUUCUCGAACAUCCGGGCUGCUAGCCUUAGGAAAACCUUUAGACAGAGAAAGCACUGAUCGCUACAUUUUGAUUGUUACAGCCUCAGAUGGCCGACCAGAUGGGACAUCAACUGCUACAGUUAAUGUGGUUGUAACAGAUGUAAAUGAUAAUGGACCCAUAUUCGAUCAGUUUCUUCCUAAAAACCUUACAGUACAAGAAGAAGAAGCCAAUGCAUUUGUGGGUCAAGUGAGGGCUACUGACCCGGAUGCUGGAGUAAAUGGCCAAAUCCGUUAUAAUCUGGCAAACUUCAAUCAUCUUUUUCGCAUUACGUCCAAUGGCAGUAUUUACACAUCGGUGAAGCUAAACAGAGAAAACAGGGACUAUUAUGAACUUAUUGUUGAAGCAACAGAUGGAGCUGUUGAUGCCCGUCGGGCAACAUUAACUCUUGGAAUCAAAGUGCUGGAUAUUGAUGACAAUAGCCCUGUAUUCACUAAUGCCUCCUACAUAGCAACUAUACCUGAAAACCUACCACCGGGCACAGUCUUCCUGCGUUUACAGGCUAAAGAUAUUGACCUUGGAUCAAAUAUUACCUAUGGAAUACGAACCCAGGAAGCAUUGCAGUUUUUUUCCUUGAACAAAUUUACUGGGGAGCUGUCACUUUUAAAGUCCUUGGAUUUUGAAUCAUUUUCUGGCACAGAUGCAACAUUCACAUUUUUAGUGGAAGCUUUCGAUAUUGGGGGAACAAUGCCUCCGGGUCUUGCUACUGUCACUGUGAGAAUAAGGGAUAUGAAUGAUUACUCGCCUGUAUUUAGCAAACCUCUGUACAGAGGAAUGGUCGCUCCUGAUGCAAUCAAGGGCACUGUUAUCACAGCAGUUGAAGCUGCGGAUCAGGACCCUCUGGGGACACCAGCAAGUCGAGUAAGGUAUAAAGUAGAUGUUGUCCAGUUUCCUUACAGUGCAAGCAUCUUUGAUGUUGAAGAAGAUUCCGGACGUGUAGUAACUCGUGUGAACCUUAAUGAAGAGCCCAGUACAUUAUUUAAGCUUGUGGUCAUUGCUUAUGAUGAUGGGGAUCCAGUGAAGUUCAACACCACAACUGUAGAAAUUUCUGUAUUGCAACCUUCAGUAAUUCCACGGUUUACACAGGAUGAAUAUAGGCCCCCUCCUGUGAGUGAAGGUGCACCCAAAGGAACUCAGGUUGUUGUUAUAACUGCUGCUGCCUUGAAUCAGACCAUUAUCUAUUCCAUUGUUUCAGGAAAUGAAGAUGGUGUGUUUGCUAUUAAUAAUAGAACAGGUGUUAUCUCCGUCAAAAAGCCUCUGGACUAUGAAACUGUGAAAAGCUACUUACUUCGUGUGCAAGCCGAUUCACUACAAGUGGUCCGGUCCAAUUUGCCCGUGCCAUCCAAAAGUAAUACUGCUAAGGUGCUCAUUGAAGUACAAGAUGAAAACGAUCAUGCUCCUGUCUUCCCCAAAAAGCUCUACAUAGGAGGAGUGUCUGAAGAUGCUAGAAUGUUUGCUUCCGUGAUGAAAGUGAAGGCUAAUGAUAAAGACACUGGCAAUUACAGUGCUAUGCAGUAUAGACUCAUCAUUCCCCCAAUCAAGGAUGGCAAGGAAGGCUUUGUGAUCGAACCAUAUUCAGGGCUUAUCAAAACUGCUAUGCUCUUCAAAAACAUGAGGCGGUCUUAUUUCAAGUUUCAGGUCAUUGCUACUGACAACUAUGGAAAAGGACUGAGCAACAAAUCAGAUGUCCUUGUGUCUGUGGUCAACCAAUUGGAUAUGCAAGUCAUUGUCUCAAAUGUUCCUCCUACCCUUGUGGAACAAAGCAAGGAUCAGCUUAUAGGGAUUUUGGAACGCUAUGUUCAAGACCAGAUUCCUGGUGCAAAAGUUGUCGUAGAAUCCAUUGGUGCUCGCAGAUAUGGGGAUGGCUAUUCAGAAGAAGAUUAUUCAAAAUCUGAUCUUAUGGUCUACGCAAUUGAUCCUCAAACAAACCGUGCUAUAAUGAGAAAUGAGCUUUACAAAUUUCUGGACGGCAAACUUCUGGAUAUCAAUAAAGAAUUUCAGCCAUACCUUGGCCAAGGAGGACGUAUUUUGGAAAUCCGUACUCCAGAUGUGGUGGCCAAUGUCAAGAAACAGGCACAAGCUGUUGGCUACACGGAAGGGGCAUUGCUUGCUCUGGCUGUUAUCAUCAUCCUUUGCUGCAUGCCUGCUAUUCUAAUAGUUAUGGUCAGCUACAGACAGAGACAAGCUGAAUGUGCAAAGACAGCUCGAAUCCAGAUGGCCUUACCAGCUGGCAAGCCAGCAAGUGCUCCUGCCACUAAUCUCUAUGAAGAACUCGGUGACAGCACCAUGCGAGGAUAUGCACCCCAAGAGCAACAGCAAUUGUUGAGGCCUUCUCUUCUCAGACCAGAGGAACUCUCUAUGGAAUCUGGUAUUGAUCCUGGCCAAGAGUACUAUGGACAAGAUUACUACAGUUAUGAACAUGGGUACGAAUUGCCUCAAUACGGAAGUCGCCGCCGAUUGUUGUCUCCUUCUGGAAUGUAUGAUGAGUAUGGUGAAGUGGUGGUGGAGGGUGACGGUGGCUAUUAUUACAGUCCACAGGGACCAACAGCAGAACCAGAGAGGAUGAGACCGGGUGCAGUUGUUGCAGCCAGAGGUGUAAGCCCGAGACCAGGGCCUCCAGUCAGCCCAAGACCAGGGGCUCGAGUAAGCCCAAGACCAGGGGCUCCAGUAAGCCCAGGACUAGGGGCCCCAGUAAGCCCAAGACCAGGGGCUCCAGUAGCUAUUAGUGCUAUAGGUGAAGGUAGAGCCAUAAGAGGUCCCAGCCAGGGAAGAAGAAAACUAAGAGCAGUGAUGCAGCUGAGCCGAAUAGCUGUUAGCGCCCAUAAACCAGGAGCAGCUGAAGCUACGCCUUCUCCAUGGAAGAAAGCAAAGAUAUUCCCAAUGAUGCUCCAGAAAGUGAAAGGCAAAGAUGUAGAUUAUGACAAGCUAAUGGCAGCACGCCAAUUGGAUGGAGAAGAUAGUAUGGUUAUAAAGGGAAGUUACUUCCAGAAAUCAGCAGAUGACAGACCAUCACCGAAGAAGACUGGCCGUGCAAUGAAGCGUGCUUCUAAAAAAAUCCGGGAGCCUCGUACAUCUGAGGAAAUGAGUGAAUCGGACUCAAAGUCAGGAAUUUCAAUUAGUGUCACAGCAGAAAGUGAGUCUGAAGAUAGCGACUACAUCAAGAAGAAGAGGAGAAGGAGAUCAUCUUCCUCAAGUGAAGAAUCAUCAUCAUCAGCAAGUAGCAGCUCUGCAUCCCAGUCAGAUAAAGACUAUUUGAAAGUGACCCUGGACCAAGAUGAAACCACUGAAAGCACUGUUGACUCUGAUGAGGAAAAUGGGGAUUCAGAAUCAUCUGGAUCCUCCUCAAGUAGUAGUGGCUCAGAAGAUGAAUCAUCCGAUUCUCAAAUUAAAGUAUCUGACACUGAAGAAGAGGAUACAGUGAAAAGUUCCAUCAGCAGUGAAGCUACCCCCAAGUCAGGGAAAAACAAGAGUUCCAGGUCCAAUCUCAAGAAUCGAUCAUCCACAACAGGAAGUGAAUUUGAUGACACAAAUAUGGAAGAUGAAGAGUUAGGUGAAGGAGAAACCACUUCCACCAGUGAAAAGGCUGUCUCCAGUAAACAGAGGGGGAGUAGUGAAGGAGGACAUGGUACUGAAGGGAUUUCAGAAACUGCAGCCUCAGAGUCAGAAACUCCCAGUGACCUCACAUCCUUUUAGAAAACAAAAAGAAAACAGCAGUGGGCCAGAAAGAAAAGGAUCAAGUUGGUAGUAGAUCCAGAGUAUGAGACCAGUUCAACAGGAGAAGACAGCGCUCCAGAAAGCCAGAGGAAUCGUCUUAGCAAUCCCAACAUCCAAACGAAUAUUAAUGGCAAC